GAUUGCUUGUUAUCCGACGACCGUUGAAAUGUCUGUGCGUAGAAGUGCUUUGCAGAUCGAUUGAAGGUGGGAAGGAUGCUGGCCGGGCGUAGUUUCUGGAGAUCUGGAAUCUGACAGUAGUGGCGAGGCAUUAGCUAUUUUGGAUGCUCCAUUCCACCAGGCUGGAAUUUCGAGUGCUGGCAGUUUGCAGGGCAUAAUAGACGCAGGAGAAGCGCCCGAGUCGGACGAGGAACGCGCGGGUAAUAUUCUUUGAACCUGGUACUGUGAGCAGCAUCAGUAGUGCUGCCAGUAUUUCAUCAGAAUCUUCGCUGACAUCAGAUGUGAAGGAAGGCUAUAAGGGAAAGGAAUCAGAAAGCAAAAUAUAGCUCAUUGCUGCAUAAAAAAUUGCGUUAAAAAUUGCCAGAUUUCAUUCUAAGAACAUCAACGAGAGAAACGUAUAAGGGGACUGCAGUCAUGAGAUUGGUGGAACACUGAAACCGUGCUGUCAGCCGAUUCCGAUCAUGGUUGUACGUGUACGUGGUUAUCCUGUCGGAACACCACCUCGAACUAGAGCACCGCUAGAUGAAAGCUGCAAUGGAACCAUCCAUUGGAUGACUACUUUUAAUGUAUGGCACUUCCCAGUUUGGCAGUACUCUAGAAAAUGCGUUAAAGAAUGUCCUAUUUACAACUCUAUGCUCCGUGAUUCCAAAGGAGAACAUAAAAUUGUCUACGAGCAACAGUUUUUUAUUCCUGUGUGCGAUGAAGGUGGUAGAGAACAACUGAUAAGGACUGCUCCGAAUGGUGAUAGUGAACAGGAAGAGAUUCAUAUAACAAAUAAUGGAUAUGUAGGACCUGGUGGGUAUGUAGUAGAUGAUAGGUUUGCAGGACCUUGUGAAACUGAUGGAGAAGAGGAAUAUGUAUGGGUUGAAGUAUCUCUUGAGGAUGAUGAGGAAGAUGGUUCUGUAGAAGCUGAUGGAGCUGCAGAAGCUAGGGGCACUGCAAGAGCAGGGCAAGGUCGACCUAGUGGUGAUGCAGGUGGCACAGCAGCAGGAACAAGUUCAAGAGGGUACAAGUCAGAAGGAAGAGGCGGCGGAGCAGGAACAGCAGCAGCACGUCGUCCACCAGAAGCCAACAGAUCCCCAAAAGUAGAACGUAGGGGAUCCUGCAUGCGCAUAGCUACCCAUCCUCCUGUCGCUAACCAGUUUGCAAAUGCUACAAGUUCACCAGACACAGCACUAUCCCAGUCGAAUACUUCUUCACCCGAAGAACUGUCAGAAGCUAAACCUAUUCCACUUGGUCCACAGCCGUCUACAGGAAAUAGACCACUGGCAGUAGUUGCCCCUGUGAAUGCCGAUUAUAAUCUUGCAGUGCCACACGCAGGUUAUCGUCACUGUCAUCACCAUCGUCGCUGUCAUCAUCGUAACAGUGCAGUAGGCAAUGGUAAUUUAACAACCACUGAUAACUCACGUGGGAGAACCAAUGUCAAUGCCACAGCCACCAGAGACAACAGUCAGUGGAUUGAGAUAAUCACCAUCCGGGCAGCUAAGGAAGAAGUCGUAGGAAGUGCCAGUGGCCCGAGCACCACAGUUCCCGGGAGCACCAGUGGCCUGAGCACCACACUUCCCGGGAGCGCCAGUGGCCCGAGCACCACAGUUCCCGGGAGCGCCAGUGGCCCGAGCACCACAGUUCCCGGGAGCGCCAGUGGCCCGAGCACCACAGUUCCCGGGAGCGCCAGUGGCCCGAGCACCACAGUUCCCGGGAGCGCCAGUGGCCCGAGCACCACAGUUCCCGGGAGCGCCAGUGGCCCGAGCACCACAGUUCCCGGGAGCGCCAGUGGCCCGAGCACCACAGUUCCCGGGAGCGCCAGUGGCCCGAGCACCACAGUUCCCGGGAGCGCCAGUGGCCCGAGCGCCACCGUCCCCGGGAGUGCCAGUGGCCCGAGCGCCACCGUCCCCGGGAGUGCCAGUGGGCCUAGUGCCACCAUCCCCAGAAACACCAAUGUCCCACAUGUCACCCUUGCUGGAAAUGCUAGUGGAGCAGGCACCAACAGUGUCAUCAGAAAUGCAAAUCCGACCACUGUCAUCAGAAAAGCAAAUACGACAACGGUCAUCAGAAAAGCAAAUGGCACCACCACUGGAAAUACAAGUGGCCAGAGUGCAGCCACUUCUGAAGACAGCAGCGCUGAAGACAGCAGCGCUGAAGACAGCAGCGCUGAAGACAGCAGCGCCGAAGACAGCGCCGAAGACAGUAGCGCCGAAGACAGCGCCGAAGACAGCGCCGAAGACAGUAGUGCCGAAGACAGCGCCGAAGAGAGUAGCACCAAAGACAGUAGCGCUGAUGACAGUAACACUGAAGACAGUAACACUGAAGACAGUAGCAAAGAAAUCAUUCUUUGCCCAAAAUGUUUUAAUUUAGAGACAUUUAACAAAUAUUUUUAUUUUAUUGGUCCUGGCACUGUUACACUUCGACCUGGCAAAAGAAUUAUUGAGGCAGACGAUACUAAAGAGUCCAAGUGCGAAAGAGGAAAUAUGAGAGGUGACAAUGCCAAACGUAGCAAUGUCACUCCCACUAACACUAGUUACAAGAAAGGCAAGGUUAUCUAUACCAGCGUCAUAGUUUCUCCUAAGGGGGAAUCUUCCAGACGGGAGUCCAUUUCCCGUGAGAGAAAUAAAAGGGAUAAUUUAUGUCUUGAGGAUAGGGUUGCAAAACGCAAGAAGAUGUAAUGUGCUGCAGUUUUCAUUUUGACUGUAUGGAAAAUAAAAGCAAUUAAUUCAA